GCAUCUAAACUCAGUCCACAUAAACAAUUAAUGGAGCCAAAGAACAAUGUGACUUUCUUUGUCUUCACGGGCCUCACACAAAACCCAGUGGAACAGAAAGUGCUUUUUGUGAUGUUCUUGCUCUUCUACAUUUUGACCGUGGUGGGCAACCUCCUCAUUGUUGUGACUAUUACUGUCAGUAAGACCCUAGGCUCACCCAUGUACUUCUUUCUUGCUGGUUUGUCACUUAUGGACAUCAUUUAUUCCUCGGCCAUUACCCCCAAGUUGAUUUCAGACUUAUUCUUUGGGAAAAAUGUCAUAUCUUUUCAAUCUUGUAUGACUCAGCUCUUUAUAGAGCACAUUUCUGGUGGGUCAGGAGUCUUUAUUCUGGUGGUGAUGGCCUAUGACCGCUAUGUGGCCAUCUGUAAGCCCUUGCAUUAUUUGGUUAUCAUGAGACGGCGAGUGUGUGUUUUGUUUCUGGCGGUGUCUUUGUUUGGAGGAUUUUUGCACUCGGUAGUUCAAUUUAGUGCUAUUUACGCACUCCCAUUCUGUGGCCCAAAUGUCAUUGAUCACUUUUUGUGUGAUAUGUAUCCCUUAUUGGAACUUGUCUGUGCUGACACCUAUGCCAUUGGCUUUUUAGUGGUGUUCAAUGGAGGGCUGAUUUGUACAAUUGUGUUUCUGGUCUUACUUACAUCUUACGGUGUUAUCUUGCACUCUCUAAAGAACCUUAGUCAGGAAGGGAGGCGUAAAGCCCUCUCGACCUGUGGCUCUCAUAUCACUGUGGUUGUCCUCUUCUUUGUUCCCUGUAUUUUCAUGUAUGUAAGGCCUGUUAAGACCUUCCCCACUGACAAAUUAUUAAGUGUGUUUUAUACAGUAGUAACUCCAAUGCUGAAUCCCUUAAUCUACACACUGAGAAAUUCAGAAAUGAAAAAUGCUAUGAAGAUGCUGUGGGGAAGAAAGAUCUUAUUAGGAAGUAGAUUAGUGACUCACCCACCAUGA